GACUGCAAACAUUCUUCAUUAAACAGAUUUUAUUCUUCAAAUAUUCUUCAUUAAAAAAGGCUUUCGCAUGCAUCGGUGUGAAAUAUAAUGUUUUUGAUUGCAAAUUUGAAGCUUUAAUUAAGCACUUAAUACAUAGUUAUAGACCUUUAUAGAAAAGAAUAAUGAAUAAUAAUGCACAUUUAAACCAUUCAUAAUUAUGAAGACUAAAUAUAGCCAUGCAUCUAGGCCUUUAAACAUAAGAGAUCAUGAAGAAAUAUUAUUCAAAGAUCUCAAUCUUUCUUAUAAUAUAUAAGCUCAUCAACGUUUCAUGGUUUUCACUAUCAUAUACAACUACAAUCAUAUGUCAUCAGUCUUCUGCUCCUUUUUAUUUUUCCUGUUAACAAUGAAAUUGCAGAGACAUCUUUUCUCAUCUAUCAUUAUCUUUUUCUCUUUGUUCUCAACUUAUUACCUUGGAGAAGUAUCUGGUUAUAAUGCUCAAGCUCAUGCAAAUCCUUCAUAUUUCAGCUCCAUCUGGGACGGCAAGUUAAAGGGGUUUUUCAAGCAGACAACUCGGGGUCUUACAUUGCACAGGUUUGAUGAUAAUAGGGAAAAUUUCUCUUCAUUGCCUGCAGGUGGAGGACCUACAUCUAAAACAGUUAGUGUCGAUGAUUUUGGAGCUAAAGGUGAUGGAACUGAUGACACUGAGGCAUUUGAGAAGGCUUGGGAGCAAGUGUGUUCUUCUCCAGACGGAGUAACUUUUGUAGUGCCUAAAGGAAAGAGCUACCGUCUUAAGCCAGUUAGAUUCACUGGUCCUUGCAAAUCCAAUCUUAGAGUAGAGAUAUAUGGAACCAUAGAAGCAUCUGAUGAUCAAUCAGACUACAAUGAAGAUUCCAGGCAUUGGCUUGUCUUUGAUAGUGUUGAGAAUUUAGUAGUGGAAGGUGGCGGAACUAUUAACGGCAAUGGCCAGAUAUGGUGGGAGAAUUCAUGCAAAAGAAAAAAAGAUAAACCCUGCAAGGGAGCCCCAACGGCUCUGACCUUUUACGAGAACCAGCAUUUGGUGGUGAACAACUUGAAGAUCCAAGAUGCGCAGCAAAUACAUGUUUCUUUUGACAAAUGUGUGGAUGUUCAAGCUUCCAAUCUGGUAGUGACCGCACCAGGAGAUAGCCCCAAUACUGAUGGAAUUCAUGUCACCAAGACCCAAAACAUCCUCAUUGAAAGCAGUACUAUUGGAACUGGUGAUGAUUGUAUCUCCAUUGUAAAUGGAUCCCAGAAGGUUCAAGUCCACGACAUUACUUGUGGUCCUGGUCAUGGAAUCAGUAUUGGGAGCUUAGGGGAAAAUGGUUCAAGAGAAUAUGUUUCGGGAGUAAUUGUAAAUGGAGCUAAGAUUUCUGGAACCUCAAAUGGAGUGAGGAUCAAGACAUGGCAGGGAGGGUCUGGCUCUGCAAACAAUAUCAGAUUUGUGAAUGUGGAAAUGAAUAAUGUGACUAACCCAAUUAUAAUAGACCAAAACUACUGUGACCAGGACGAACCCUGCAAAGAACAACCAUCAGCAGUCCAAGUGCAAAAUGUGGUUUACCAAAAUAUUCAUGGAACUAGUGCUUCGGAUGUCGCCAUAGAUUUUGAUUGUAGCAAGAGCCAUCCAUGUCAGGGGAUCACAUUGCAAAAUGUUAACCUUAAAGGAGAAGAAAAUGAAGCAACCACUGCAACAUGCAACGAUGUUCAAACCAUAACAAUAGGCAACGUUUAUCCAGCUUGUUCCUCAAAACAAAUAAACAUAAAAGCCUGAAUCAGGAAAGUGAAGAUGACUCAGCACGAGUUCUAAAUAAUAUAGUUUGAUGAGAUUAUUUUUUUUUUUUUCUAAAUCUAGAAAAGAAUUACAUGUGUACAUUUCACAUUGAAACGCUAUUGGGAAAUGGAGUUCGAAAAUAUAAUGAUCGAAAUAGUCCGAAUAGAACACA